AUGUCUACCACGCUGUUUGACGAUAUCUUCCAAGUUACUGAGGUCGACUUAGGACGCUACAACAAAGUUUCGCGGAUAGAAGCGCAUUCCACGUCACAGGAAUUUCUGCUCACCGUCGACAUCAACACGGAGCUCUUCCCUGUCCGUGUUAAUGACACCUUGACUGUGAUGUUGUCAUCGACUUUGUCGAUCGACGGCUCAGAGACAGUGCAGGGUGGCUCCUGGAGGGCUCCACAGCCUGGCGAGAGAUCGCUAGCGGACGACUACGACUAUGUCAUGUACGGGACUGCGUACCGUUUCGAAGAAGUUGCUGGCAAGAAGGACUUGAUUGCCGUUUACUACUCGUUUGGCGGGCUUCUGAUGAGACUAGAGGGUAACUACCGUGGUCUCAGCAACCUGAAGCAGGAAAACGCCUACCUAUUAGUUCGCCGUUAA